AUGAAAGGUUUGGUUUCAUUGAAUCAAAAUCGAAGUCGAUUUCUAGAGAAUCCUGGCUGGCUUGAUAUUGAAGCAACUAAGAAGAUAACUGACAACAAUGGUAACUUUGAUGUGUCAAUACCUCUUUCAAUGAUUUUAGGAUUUACUGAAGACUAUCACAAAAUUGUUGUGAAUGUAAAGAAUGAAAUUAUUCUUACUCGAUCAAGAGAUAAUUUAAACGCAGUCAUGAAAGAUACUGAAGAGAUGGAUUCCUUAAAGUAUUGUUAUGACGAAGGUGUCGAAUUGAUAACAGAUGCUUAUUAUUAUGAAUAUUCGGAGAAAGAUUGCAGAAGAAUCCAAUACUCCAUAGCCUUGUUGAAAGGUCUUUGGUAUAUGAAAGAUUACCAGAAGACUAUUGGUCAUGGAAAUGGUUAUAUUCAUGAUUUUAAACUAGAUGAUAUUCCAAGUGCUAUUCAAAGUAAAUUAGCUACAGAAAUAUUGACGAAUAUUCAUUAUUCAAUAAACAAGGUUUUUUUCAAAUAUAUGGCUGAAUGUGUUGAAGCCACGAUGACUGAUAACAGGGACAACCAAUGUCAGGUAGUUAGAUAUGUUUCUUACCAUGGACGUAGGAUAGUGGAAAUGGAUAAGUUAGCAAAGGAUUUAUGGUGUAAAUCAUGUAAAGUUCCCAUAAGUCUAGCACAUCUGGUGGAGGAAAAGAAAAAAGGUCUAGCGAGCCAGCUAUUCAUUCAGUGCUUUUCCUGUAAAGCCAUACAGUGUGUAGAAACCAGUUCUAAAAGUUGUAAAUAUUAUUAUGACUCCAACUUGAAAUUAGCUAUGGGUAUGUUAGAUAGCGGCGAAGGAGAAAGUGGAGUGAAUACAAUGUUGUCUGCGCUGAACGUACCACCAGUCAACAAGAAUUCUCUCAAACGUUAUGAACGAGUAGUGGGCCCAGCUAUAGAUAAAGUUGCUAAUGAGUCAUGCAUCAAAGCUAUCCAAGAAGAGAAAAGAUUAACACUCCAACAUGAAGAAAACAAUAAUAAUGAAAGUACAGUUAACAACAACAAUGUCACAGAUUUGACUAGAUCAUUCGAUGCAGCUUGGACCAAAAAAGGACGCCAACACAAUAGUUUGAGUGAUAUGGCAGUAGAAUUGAUUUUAAAAAAUGAUAAUUUGGUGAAUAAUAAAUGUAGAAUUAAAACAGUGAUUGGAGACGAUGAUUCAUCUGCUGUUGCAGCUUUAAGAAGACUGUCGCCUUAUGCUAUUACUAAAUGGUCGGAUUACAAUCAUGUUAAAAAAACUUUUAACAGUAAGUUGUAUGAUAUAAAAUUAAACCCAACUCUUACAGAGUAUUUUUCAAAGUCUUUCGCUCUUGCUAUUAAGCAAAAUCAAGGUAACGCAGAUAAAGUGAAAAAAUCAUUAGAAAAUAUCAUACCUCAUGGGUUUGGUGAGCAUGACAAUUGUGGAUCAUUUUGUAAUAAAAAAGAUGAAUCAUCUACUUACACUUAUUUUAAAAAUGGUGAACCUCUAUCAAAUAAUGCUUUAAGAGAAAAAUUAGAGAAGAUCAUUCAACCUUUCAUAAACAGCUCUUCCCAAAUUGCUCCAUGUGCUUCAAGUCAAGUAAACGAAUCGUUUAAUAAUAUUGUUUGUUCGAAGCAUCCAAAAUCUAGAUUUUAUGGAGGAUCAGAAAGUCACUGCUAUCGCGUUGCAUUAGCAGUAUGUCAAAAAAAUAUUGGCUACGAAUUUCCAGUUGAAGUUAAUAAAAUUUUGAAUUUAUCUCCUGGUAAACAUAUAUCAAACUAUCGGAAAAAGAAACAAUUGCAUGAAUCUGAAAUUCGAUCGAGAAAUAGUACUGUUCCAGCAAAAAAAAGACGACUUGAACUGAAGAGAGAGAGAUCAGCCAAGAAUAGUGUAAUAGAGAACAAAGAAGGCUUGUCGUAUGAGUCUGGUUCAGGAUAUCUGAAUACCUCAGAUUUAAUCGAUGAAACAUCAAUAAUGAGAGAUGACGUUGACUUUAAAGAUUGUGCAAUAAUUAUUUUCGAUUUAGAAACAACUGGCCGUCAUGCAGCAGCUGAAAUUGUUCAGAUUGGAGCAAUAAGCGGCGAUGCUGAAUUUGAAGUGUAUAUGAUGCCUAAAGGAAAUAUGACUUUCGAAGCUUCAGAAGUAAAUGGUAUCAAAAUAUGUGAUGAUAAAAUGUAUUAUUUUGAUCAAGAAGUAAUAACUUCUUCUCAACGAGAUGGUUUUUUAAGCUUCCUUUAUUUUUUGAAACGUCAAGGAAAACCAUGCAUUUUACUUGCACACAAUGGAUUCAGGUUUGACGCACAGAAGCUCAUUAACUGUGCAAAAACUUCAGGUCUUUUGACAGAAAUGAUGAUGUUUGUUAAAGGUUUCUGUGAUAGCUUACCUAUUUUUAAAUUAUUGCUACCGGCGAGAGUCAAAUCUAAAUUAAGUUUCAAGCAAGAAAAAUUAGCCAAAGAAUAUUUAUAUAAAAAGGAUAUUAAAAUUUCGCACAAUGCUCUUAAUGAUGUGAUAAAUGUACAACAAUUAGUAGAAAAAUUAUUAGGAAAAUUACGAUUGCCUAUUUCUAAAUGUAUCAUGAGCAAGAUAGCUAAAUCAGGCAUAGAUAGAAAUUUAUUAGAAAAGACAUAUGAAACUAACGGUUAUGAAGGAUUAAGUGUAUUAUUAGGUGAAAACGUUACCAAAAGUAAAAAAAUUAUUACAAGUAUUGCUGCAGCUUUAAAGAAAUAA